UGAUUGGCAAAUAUAUGGAAUAUUACACAUUGCGUUACAUGUUGGGAAGUUUUACAACCAAAACUAUUUUGUUUGUUUACAACUGCUUUUGCAUGUGGUCAACUUCUAAAUUCUAAUCCAGUUUCUGCAGGGAAAAUGAAAGCUUCAGUUCAGGGAUCUAUGCACAAGUUUGAAUCUGUCUACUCAAUUGAACAUUGGACCACAAUUUGAUUGUUUUUUUAGUAAUUAUAUACCCACGGAUAUUCCCUUCUGAGUGCCCUUUCGCCACCAAUGAUCAUGUUUUCUGAUUUAAAACUUCUGAAAGGUUACAUUAAGCCCAAACAUAGUUUGCACAGCUGUACCAACCCCUGAGACAGGCUUUCAAUAAUAGUUUAAAAAAUUAUCGAAUCUCCUAUUUUAAAUACUUCUAUUCUAAUUUAUUACAAAUAAUAUAUUUUAACAAACAAACCAAUCACUGCCUGUCUCCUUACCUAUAAAUAUCUCUUUUCAUACUGCUUUUUUUCCAACCACUGUUCAAAAUAUACUUCUUAAGAUUCAACUUCAUCGAUCAACAUAAGGAUGGAAUCUGUGGUCUCCAUGUUAGGAGAUUGGAACUCCUUCAAUGGAGGAAAUGUCACUGAGGAGGCAUAUUUUAUGGCACAAUUGCUUGACAAUUUUCCGCUAAUUCCAUAUGAUCCACAGAACGCUGCUUCUUCUCCAUUAUGGCCGCACCUUAGCCUUGAUGGGGUUGAUGAAACGUGGGUUUAUUUGUCAGAUGACACAAAUAGCAGCCUAGAUUUUCCUUCACAAAACCAUAAUUCUUCCUAUGGAAGUAGGGAUCUGUUUCCCACUCUAAGUGGUCCCACUAAAGAUAAUGAAUUAUCUGCAACUUCUAUGAAACGUUCUAGUAGCAUGGUUGAUGUCUAUGAGAACAAGGAUAAGAUUAAGUGUAGAAAGAGUAAGAAGCCUGUUUCUACAAGUAACGAAGAUGUAGACAUUUCUGGGCAAUUUAUGAAAAUAUAUAGAGCUGAUGAAGAUCCAAAACAGGCUGAAAUUCUGAGCUCAAAUGGCAAGACAAAAGCAAGUAGGGGGUCAGCAGCUGAUCCACAAAGUGUCUAUGCACGGAAAAGAAGAGAAAAAAUUAACAAACGUUUAAGAAUAUUACAAAAUCUUGUUCCUAAUGGUACAAAGGUUGAUAUAAGCACAAUGCUUGAAGAGGCUGUUGAGUACGUGAAGUUUUUGCAGCUUCAAAUCAAGCUGUUGAGCUCCGAUGAUCUGUGGAUGUAUGCUCCGAUUGCAUACAAUGGAAUGGACAUUGGGCUUCAUUAAUUCAACAACCAUCCCAUCAUCGUCACCAAGAUAAUGCAAAGUUGGGCUAUCCAUAUUGUCACAUUUUUGUUGAAUAAAAGGCAAUCGAUAUAUUUUUAGGUCAAAAAAUAAAGAGAUUAAAUUCAUCGGAAGAAGAUUUUAUAAAGAUUAUACAUUUAUGCAAGUAUUCCAUGAUCUCAUGAUUUUUAUGUCUUCCAAGUUUAAAUCGCUUAUGCGAAGGACAUGUGGUGAUUCUUUUGGACAACUAGAUAAAAAAAAUUCAAAGAUAUAUUA